AUGUCGAACCAAGAGCUUGUCCAUGCCUACCGACAUCUUCUACGAUGGUCGUUAAGGGCCGUGCAGUUCUCCAAGCCGGCGCGCUUUGUGGUUCGAGACACCCUUCGUGCUGCCUUCCGCGACGAGAAUGGCACUUUUGAGCCCUCGAGGGUGAAGUCAACGUUGUGGUUUCUCGAAUCCGCCGCGACAUAUGUUGGGGUGGAGCACAAAAUCAUCAAAAAUCUGGUCCACGUUCGGUAUAUCCAGGAAAAGGCCAUCGGGCCGUGGAGGAUCAGGGCGCAGUCACUUUCCAAGUCCCAGCAGAGAGCGCUCAAGGAUCCAGUGUAUGAAAAGGAGUACGAGCAUUUUGACAAGACAAUCGCCAUGUUGAACGAUACGAUGAACUUGUGUUUACGGUAA